UUGGUAGUGGCACUGCACACACAUGCAGGCUGCACACUUACACACUGGGCUUGUGCAGCAUCUCCCCAGCAAACUUUAGCUAGGGGUUAAUGCAACAAGAUAGGAGCCCUCAAGACUAGGAGGAAACACCGGGCAUUAUUAAGCAGUUCAUAUUCUUCUAUUUAAAUUAUUAUUCUAAUAGAUGUGGAUGUAGCUUUUUUUGGCAGGCUGCGCUCAUUGGUUGGUUUCUCCUAUUGGAAGUAGCAGCAGAGCUGUGUGGAAGGAAGGAGAGGCAGAACCAGGGGAGCGGGAGGAGGCUGAGCAAGCAGCCGCUCUGCAGGCACUGAGGGGCGGAUACAGCCUAUGAGAGGUGCCGGUACCCUCCGGUACUACCAGGAUAACCCAUCUGAAAUGAAAGCAGUUUGUAAUCUGCAGGACUGAAUAUUAUUGUGCGUUACUUGCGGGCUGCAGCAUUUGGAGAGCGCUGUAUCAGAGGAUCUGGAUAUUUUAUUUCUUUUUCCUGGAGUAUUGGAGGGUUUGGGGGAUUUUUGGUGCUGGGUAUUAGGGGAUCAUCUGCAGUGUCAAUGCGGCUGCACUGAACAGGGGAGAGAGAUCAGCUCAUCCCCAGGAAACUGAAAAACAGAGACAAUUUUCAGGAAUAUAAAGUGAAAUUUAAGGCACAACUAUAAAUAAUGGCAGCUACAAGAUGGACCAGUGUAAUUACGCACUUUGUGUUAUUAGCAACAGUAUCUGCUGUUUCUCGGCAAACGUCCCAAUUUAAAAGGAACUUUACAUCUUUCUAUGCUGAGCAAGCAGACUGGACAUUUAACCAUAUGGUGGUAGAUGGAAGGACUGGACAUAUUUACCUGGGGGCAAUUAACAGGAUUUACAAGCUUUCAGAGGACUUGAAGGUUUUAGUGACCCAUCAGACCGGGCCGGAUGAGGACAAUCCAAAAUGUUAUCCUCCUAGAAUAGUCCAACCUUGCAAUGAGCCACUUGUUGUUACAAAUAAUGUAAACAAAAUGCUGCUUAUAGACUACAAAGAAAAUAGGUUAAUAGCCUGUGGAAGCCUUUAUCAGGGGAUCUGUAAACUUCUAAGGCUUGACGAUCUCUUUAAGCUUGGUGAACCAUUCCAUAAGAAGGAACAUUACCUUUCUGGGGUCAAUGAGAGUGGCUCCGUUUUUGGAGUCAUUGUUUCUCACAACAAUUUUGAUGAAAAGCUCUUCAUAGCCACCUCAGUAGAUGGGAAACCAGAGUAUUUUCCAACUAUCUCAAGCAGAAAGCUCACCAAGAACUCAGAGGCUGAUGGUAUGUUUGCCUACGUGUUUCAUGAUGAGUUUGUGGCUUCAAUGAUAAAGAUCCCAUCAGAUACUUUCACCGUUAUCCCUGAUUUUGACAUAUAUUACAUCUAUGGUUUUAGUAGUGGGAACUAUGUGUAUUUUUUGACACUUCAACCAGAGAUGACCUUCCUUCCAGGAUCAACCACAAAGGAGCAAGUCUACACAUCUAAGUUGGUCCGUCUGUGCAAAGAGGACACCGCUUUCAAUUCCUAUGUUGAGGUACCCAUUGGGUGUGAGAAAAAUGGUGUGGAAUACAGACUUCUUCAGGCUGCAUACUUGUCCAAAGCUGGAGAUAUAUUGGCAAAGUCCUUAGGAAUCAAAGCUGGAGAUGACAUCUUGUUUACUAUCUUCUCCAAGGGUCAGAAGAGGAGCAUGAACUCCCUGGAUGAAUCUGCACUUUGUGUGUUUGUUCUGAAAGAAAUUAAUGAUCGAAUCAAAGAGAGACUACAGUCAUGCUACAAGGGAGAAGGUACUCUGGACCUUGCAUGGUUGAAGGUGAAGGAUAUUCCUUGUAGCAACGCGCUUAUAACUAUCGCUGACAAUUUCUGUGGCCUGGACAUGAACGCCCCACUGGGAGUAUCUGAGAUGGUUAGAGGCUUUCCUGUAUUCACAGAGGAAUGGGAUAGGAUGACCUCCGUCAUUGCCUAUGUCUACAAGAACCAUUCAUUGGCGUUUGUGGGAACGAAGAGUGGCAAGCUGAAAAAGAUCCGAGUAGAUGGUCCUAUCAGCGGAGCUGUACAGUAUGAGGUCAUCCAGGUGGUGGAUUCCGGACCCAUCCUACGAGAUAUGGCUUUCACCAAGAACGAGGAGCAACUUUUCAUCAUGUCGGAUAAACAGCUUACGCGGGUACCAGUUGAGUCAUGUGCGCAGUAUGGAAGUUGCAGAGAAUGCCUGGGUUCUGGAGAUCCUCACUGCGGAUGGUGUGUGCUGCACAACACGUGUACCAGGAAGGAGCGGUGCGAUCGCUCACAUGAGCCCAGAAGAUUUGCAUCAGUGAUACAGCAGUGUGUGAAGUUAACAGUGCAUCCAAACAACAUUUCUGUGUCACAGUAUAAUGUUCUGCUGGUGCUGGAAGCGCACAACGUUCCUGAGCUGUCUGCUGGCGUCAACUGCACGUUUGAGGAUCUUUCUGAGAUGGACGGUUUUGUGAUUGGAAAUCAGAUCAGAUGCAUUUCUCCAGCAGAAAAGGAAGUGCCCAGAAUUAUCACAGAGAACGGUGAUCAUCAUAUUGUUCAGCUUCAGUUAAAGUCUAAAGAAACAGGAAGGACUUUUGCCAGCACAAAUUUUGUGUUUUACAACUGCAGCGUCCACAAUUCGUGCCUGUCGUGCGUGGAAAGUCCCUAUCAGUGUCACUGGUGUAAAUACAGACAUGUUUGUACUCAUGAUCCCAGGACGUGCUCCUUUCAGGAAGGCAGGGUGAAGCAGCCCGAGGAAUGUCCCCAGCUUCUUCAGACUGAGAAGAUCUUGAUUCCUGUAGAAGUGGUCAAGCCAAUCACACUCAAAGCUAAGAACCUGCCACAACCGCAGUCAGGACAGAAAGGAUAUGAGUGUAUCCUUAAUAUUCAGGGAAAUGAACAGAGGGUCCCAGCCCUAAGGUUCAACAGUUCCAGCGUACAGUGCCAGAACACCUCGUAUUACUAUGAAGGAAUGGAGAUUGAUAGCCUACCUGUUGAGCUGACUGUGGUGUGGAAUGGUGACUUCAGCAUAGACAACCCAGCACUAAACAAAGUUCAUCUGUACAAGUGCGGAGCCAAAAGGCCGAGCUGCGGGCUUUGCUUGAAGGCUGAUCCAGACUUUGAAUGUGGUUGGUGUUCAGGUGAAGGCAAAUGUACACUAAAACAGCACUGUUCACAACUGGAUAACCCAUGGCUGGAGCUCUCAGGGACACACGGGAAGUGCACAAACCCUAGAAUAACACAGAUCAUUCCUGUGACUGGUCCUAGAGAAGGAGGGACAAAAGUUACAAUUCGGGGAGAAAACUUGGGCUUGGAGUUUUGGGAAAUUGAAAAUGAUGUUAAAGUUGCAGAAGUCAAGUGCAUACCUCUGAUUGAAGAGUAUAUCCCAGCGGAGCAAAUUGUGUGUGAAAUAGGCGAUGCCAAGCCCAGCCAGUAUGCAGGAUUUGUGGAUGUCUGCGUGGGAAGCUGUAAACAGCCAUUUACGGCGCGUUCUUCCCUUCUGUACUACUUUGUGACGUUGGCUCUGUCCAGGUUAGAGCCCACCAUGGGACCAGUAUCUGGGGGCACACAUGUGACAAUCACAGGGACAAACCUCAAUGCGGGGAGCAGUGUGAAAGUGAUGUUUGGACAUCAGCCGUGUAUAUUUGACAGGAGAACAGCCAGUGAGAUAUUUUGUAACACCACAGCAUCCCUGGAAGGUCUGGAGAAGGUGAAAGUGACAGUGCAGAUCGACAGAGCCAAAAUAGCUCAAGAGUUGCAGUUUGAAUAUGUUGAGGAUCCAAAAAUUAUCAAGAUUGAACCAGAAUGGAGCAUUGUCAGUGGGAACACUCCGAUAUCAGUAUGGGGCACUAACCUGGACAUUAUUAGGAACCCUCGGAUAAGGGCCAAGCAAGGAGGAAAGGAACAUAUUAAUAUUUGCACCGUGCUGAACUCUACAGAAAUGACGUGCCAAGCUCCAGCAUUAGCUAUCAACUCCAACUACUUAACAGAAACUGUUGAACGGCCUGAAGAGUUUGGAUUUAUUCUAGAUAAUGUCCAAGAUGUGCUUGUCCUCAAUAAGACCAACUUUACGUAUUAUCCUGACCCUGUGUUUGAGCAAUUCAGUCCAUCAGGGAUACUGGAACUGAAACCUGGAACCCCCAUUAUACUCAAGGGCAGGAAUUUAAUUCCACCAGUAGCAGGAGGCAACGUGAAGCUAAAAUACUCAGUGUACAUCGGUGAGAAGCCGUGCACUGUCACAGUGUCCGAUGUUCAGCUGUUGUGCGAAUCCCCCAAUCUAACAGGGCGUCAUAAAGUACUGGCUCGUGUGGGAGGGAUGGAAUUUUCCCCAGGAAUGGUGUACAUUACACCCGACAGCCCUCUCAGCUUGCCCGCCAUUGUUAGCAUUGCGGCAGCCGGUGGCCUACUCAUAAUCUUUAUUGUGGCGGUUCUCAUUGCGUAUAAAAGGAAAUCCAGAGAAAGCGACUUAACAUUAAAAAGGCUUCAGAUGCAGAUGGAUAACUUGGAGUCUCGAGUCGCCUUAGAGUGCAAAGAAGCAUUUGCAGAGCUUCAGACUGAUAUACAUGAGCUGACAAGUGACUUGGAUGGAGCUGGGAUCCCGUUCUUAGAUUACCGUACUUACACAAUGAGAGUCUUGUUCCCUGGUAUUGAAGACCACCCAGUCUUAAGAGAUUUAGAGGUACCUGGCUACAGACAAGAGCGUGUAGAGAAGGGACUCAAGUUAUUUGCUCAGAUGAUAAACAACAAGGUGUUCCUGCUAUCCUUUAUUCGAACCUUGGAGUCUCAGCGAAGCUUCUCUAUGCGUGACCGGGGCAAUGUGGCAUCGCUCAUCAUGACCGUACUGCAGAGCAAGCUAGAGUACUCCACCGAUGUGCUCAAACAGCUCCUCUCAGAUCUCAUCGACAAGAACCUAGAGAGCAAAAAUCAUCCAAAGCUUCUCCUCAGAAGAACGGAAUCUGUGGCAGAGAAGAUGCUGACAAACUGGUUCACAUUCCUAUUAUACAAGUUUCUCAAGGAAUGUGCAGGAGAACCGCUCUUCUCCCUUUUCUGUGCUAUCAAGCAGCAAAUGGAAAAAGGACCUAUUGAUUCUAUUACGGGAGAGGCACGCUAUUCGCUGAGUGAAGACAAGCUCAUACGCCAGCAAAUUGACUACAAGACGCUGGUACUUAACUGUGUAAAUCCAGACAAUGUGAACAGUCCCAUGAUCCCUGUGAAAAUUCUGAACUGUGACACAGUUACCCAAGUCAAGGAGAAGAUCCUAGAUGCCAUUUUCAAGAACCUGCCAUGCUCCCAUCGUCCAAAGGCAGCAGAUAUGGAUUUAGAGUGGCGACAAGCAAGUGGAGCCCGGAUGAUUCUGCAAGAUGAAGACAUCACAACAAAGAUAGAGAAUGACUGGAAGCGACUGAAUGUCAUCGCACACUAUCAGGUUCCAGAUGGUGCUGUUGUGGCUCUGGUAUCCAAGCAAGUAACCGCUUACAACGCAGUAAAUAACUCUACCGUAUCCAGGACGUCAGCCAGUAGAUAUGAAAAUAUGAUCCGGUAUACUGGAAGCCCAGACAGCCUACGAUCGCGAACGCCAAUGAUAACGCCUGACCUUGAGAGCGGGGUAAAAGUUUGGCACUUAGUUAAGAACCAUGAACACGGUGAUCAAAAAGAAGGAGACAGAGGGAGCAAGAUGGUCUCAGAGAUCUACUUAACAAGAUUGCUAGCUACCAAGGGCACAUUACAGAAGUUUGUGGAUGACCUCUUUGAGACCAUAUUCAGCACGGCGCACCGCGGUAGCGCACUGCCUCUCGCCAUAAAGUACAUGUUUGAUUUCUUGGAUGAGCAGGCAGAUAAGCACAGUAUUCAUGAUCCCCACGUGCGGCACACUUGGAAGAGCAACUGCUUGCCUUUGAGGUUCUGGGUAAAUGUGAUCAAGAACCCUCAAUUUGUCUUUGACAUUCACAAGAACAGCAUUACGGACGCAUGUCUAUCUGUAGUUGCACAGACAUUCAUGGACUCAUGUUCAACUUCAGAGCAUCGCCUAGGCAAAGACUCACCGUCCAACAAGUUACUUUAUGCCAAGGACAUUCCCAGUUAUAAAAACUGGGUAGAAAGGUACUACUCUGACAUUGCCAAAAUGCCAGCUAUCAGUGACCAAGAUAUGAAUGCCUACUUGGCAGAACAAUCCCGUAUGCAUAUGAAUGAGUUUAACACCAUGAGUGCGCUAUCAGAGAUCUACUCAUAUGUUGCAAAAUACAGUGAAGAGAUAUUGACAGCUCUGGAUCAAGAUGACCAGGCCGGAAAACAAAAACUUGCCUACAAACUAGAACAAGUUAUUGCCCUCAUGAGUAUAGACAGCUGAAAACAUGUCCUUCCAGGAUACCCUGGGAGGGAUAAACCAAGCCGUGCCUCACUCAAGUACGUCAUCUAUACCAAGUGCAAGUUUUGAUUGGCUGGAACCAGGAUCUCCUGAUCCACUUCCUCUUCUUCCUGCAAUGAAUCUCAUGGAUACAUAGAAGCGCCCAGUGGAAUUAAAAGGAGGACAUUCAGUUUGGCUAACAUGGGGAAACCAAAACUUUUUGCUGGAGACCUCUUUUCAGAAAUAAACAAUCAAAAUAUUAGUAUCAGAAUCGGAAUCUGGAAGGUCUUAUCUGCUAUGCUGCUUUUUUGUUUCCAUUUUUGCCAAAACCUGGUAUAGAUGGAAAUUGAACCCAGUAUUAUUACAUUUUAACUAAUUAAAUUAAAAAAAAAUGGAAACAGUUGUAGGCAGACCAAGGCAUUUUUGCUAUCCCAACAAGAUGACUUGGAUUAAACCUUCAUGGACAAAAACAGAAAACAAAAGCAUGAAUAUAUGAACGUAUCAUUUUUUUUUUUUUAAAAUCUCAGAGUCAGAACAACAUUUUUAACCAGUUUAAUUUUGUUUUAAAAUAUAUUUUUUUCUGGGAAAUACUCAUCUGGAUACUCAGCGAUAAUCAGUUUUUAUGUCAGUCUCAAAGCAGAAAUGUUGUGGAAACUUAAACAAACAGAAAAAAAUUGGUCCAGUAACAUCUCAGAAAGUUAAUGAUUUUUAAAGUGAGAGAACUUGUUUUCUAAGUGAAUAUUACCUGUGGAAUAUUCUAGUUUAAAGGAGUAUAAAGCGAAUUCCACUAAUAGGUAGGAAUCUAUAUUUCAUGGGACACAACAGUGUUAUAACACCUCCAACAAAUAUAGAAAAUUAGCUUAAAAUGAUUCUUGUAAGUGCUCCUUAAUGACAUCCUUUUAGAAUGCUCAAAUUGUACUACAAAGCACAGGGGGAAAAGAAUAUGAAACAAAGACUGAUACAUUCGUCAGGAUUCUUAACCUCACUAGCAAAAGCUGCAGAUCACCAGAAAGAUAUGCUUGAUAAAAGCGUCCAUUGGCGCCAACAUAAUAAAUAAUUUGCAUUAAUUUGAAUAUAACAUUUCUUUUUAUAUAAAAUCCAUUGUAUCAAUGCUGCCACCUUUUUACAAACGUUCACAGCAAUUGAAUCUCAAUCAGAUCUAUUACAAGAAAAAUCAUUUUCAUUUUAUUGUGGGUUUUUUUUUUCCGCAAGGAUUACAAAUGAUCUGAAAGCUUGGAAUACAAACAUCUGCUUGCUUGUAAUUUGUCACUGCCGUAUGGAAAAAGAGCACAAAUAAUUCAGUAAUCUAGCAAAAAAGAAAAUAAAAACAAGAUGAAGAUACUUAGCACAAUUUUUAACGGAAAUGACAGAUGGAUAGAAUUGUCAUAUCAUAUGUUAAAAAGGUCAGUUUAUCAGAAGAUACUCUGGAGAACUGGCAUGCAUAACAAAUCAUUUAAGAAAAAAACAUUUGAACACUAUUGCAGCUACUUUUAGAGGCUUUGGUGCAAAAUAAUUCUCUAGGUUUUCAAAAAGAAUUUCCGAUUCUUUGUUCUGUUGAUAAAAGCAUAAGCGAAAGUUCCAACACAUUAAAACAUUAAUAAAGAUGGAAGCGAAUUAUGUAGUACAAUGAAUGUUCUAUCUAACAUUCUUGAUCUAUUAAAAAAAAUCACGUGUUGACCAAGCUUCUUAAAGUAUUCCCAGAAGUGAAAGCAUAAAAAUAAGUAACUUAUUUCACUAUACAAGGAUGAAUUUUUUGUUUGCACAAGCUAAAAUUCUUUAAAAUCGAUUAUUAAUUUGCGUUGAUUUUCUUCAGAGCACUUAAGUCCGUUACGCACCUUGUUUUGAUAAUUUUACUGAUUUUGUUUUGGAAUUGGCUUUUGAACUAUAUAUGCUGUUAUGCUGACUUUGAAAUGUUGGCCACUGUGAUGACCAUUUUCAGAGAAGAAGAGGUUUCUCAAAGAAUUAUAGACAAAACCAAAGGUAAUGAGGACACAGACAUUUCACGGUACAAAGGAUUUCUACAAAUAACUAUCAGAAUGAAUAUCACAAGGACCAGCUAGCUUCAUUGCAAAAAAUGUGUGGUCAUUGAUUUUCCUUUGAGAUGUCACGCAUGAGAUUAAAGAAGUUGACUGGUCAAAUGUAGGCUUUGCACAGAUGUAUAGAGAAAUCAGAAGUAGACCAUACUAUUAUCUUAAAUUUAAUUGAUGUUAAUUUUUGUUUAGAUAUCCCCCCAAUAAUUUUCAUGGACAACCUAAGAGCGAAACAAUAAUAAAAUAAAGAAAAGCAUAAUAAUAAAUAAGUACCUUUAGAAAAUGUAAUAUCUGUGUAGACCAUUGUGAAUUUCAAAGCUGCCUGUCCAGUCCCCUUUAUCAUUUAAUUUAUUUUUGUAACUCUGAGCUCUUCUCUUUGCCUUGAAAUCUGCCAGACUUGUGCUGUGAAUGUUUAGGGUUUUUACCCUGGAAUAUCAGAGGUAAACCUUGACGUUCAAUUUAUUUUUAUUGACAAAUAGCGCAUGUUAAUACAGUUAAACAGAGAGAAAAUGAAUGCCUUGCUGAUGAUGUGGGUGUGGUUCCCAUUUUGCCCCCUUUCCUCUGUUUUUGAGUUAAGUUUUUUUCUAUGUUUCUUCUUUUUUUUUUUGUCUGCCUGAAAGCAUUGAUCUGAGUGGUUUGUAAUGUGACUUAUCUAUGUAAAGGUGGAAACUUUAUCAAAGACUGUAAGAUGAUAUUGAUUUGGAAAAUUAGAUCUAUUUUAAAUAAAGUUAGUUGUUCUCAAUAAACCCACUUUAUAAUGAAAUUUACCAUGAUAGACACAAACCUACAAGCCAUUGUGUUAUAGAAAAGGUUGAGGUCCUAUGUUUAAGCUAAUAUCAAAGGUACCUUAACUAAAACAUUGUUUUUUAUUAAGUACUUUUAUAAACAUGUUUUUUACCUCUUGGGACCUUUGAAGCCUUUUGUACAUUAAAUAUAUUGGAUACAUUUUGGAGAAUGUCUGUUAAAAUGGAAAGGCAUUAAAUAUAGUUUUUUUUUUCUUUUUAUCAUUUUCCCAUCAGUAUAUUUAUUUCCAAAUUUCAAAUCCCCUUUGUGUAAAAAAAUAUCCUUAGACAUGUUUUUUUUAAUGUUUUAAGAUGUUCACAUUAUGCCAGUUUCCUUUAAAUUUUACAAAAAGUUAUUAAACGUGGCCAGUCUAUGAAAUUAUAUAAAUAUGACACACACAAAGAUAAUAAUAUACAAUCAUACAGGACUUCACUAUACCAAGGAGGAUACAUUCAUUUUAACAGUUUGAUCUACUUCUUCUAAUCAUUGAAGUCUCCUCGGGCAGCUUUUUGAACAGGACAAUGUUUUCCACUUUUCUUGCUGGAAAUUCUGCUUUUUUUUGAUCCCACUAUUUCACCAAAACUAUCUAUUAUUUAUUUAAAUGCGUUUUCAUAGGCAAUUUUAUUUUUUUAUUAUAAUUCAAUACUUAAUUUUAUUUUAAUAAUUUGUUGCUGACUUUUCUAUUGUACACUGAAGCUGCUUUUUAUUACAUAGGGUGUGAGUGGUCAUCUAAGUCUUUCCAUUGAGUACAUUUUUGACAUUUAUGAUCAGUUCAAGCUGAGUAGGUUGAAAAGUGUUUUCCAGCAUUGACAGUAAAUGUCUGGAUAGUAUUUUUGUAUAUAUAUUGCCCAUGUCAUAAACUCGUAUUAAGAGGACAGGUGAGUUGACGUGUGCAUAUAAAAUUAUUUUAGACAAGCUACAUUCUAUCGUCUUCCUUAAAAAUUCUAGCAAUUAAAAUUAAAUUUAUAUAAUAUUCAUGCAGUACAGAUAUGUUCUAUUUGUAAGCUCUGCUAUAAAGUAUUCAAUACCUUAAAUUAAAUUCUGUGGUAUUUUUAUUCCUGCAAAAUGCCUAUGCAAAUAAUCAAACUAGGAUUCACAUGUAUUUGUAACCACAGGAGCCCGGCAAAUAUUUGUUUUAUGAAUUAAAAAACAUGUUUCUGAUAAAGCUUCCACCUAUAAUAAUCAUAUCCUUAGAGUCCAGUGUUACUGAGAGCCUCAAAGAGAUAAUUCAAUAAAAUGCAUAUUAGAAUGGAGGUUUUAUUAUCCUAGUAAAAGAUAUAUUAUUUAAAUCAAAAAAGAGUUGUUCAACUUGAUAAAGGCAAAGCUUCUGUAACUUUGUUAUAAUUAAUUGUAUACCUGUGUAUGUAAAUAUAACGCAUUCCUAUUUUGCAGUCCAAAACAAAAACAACAACAACAAAAAAAUAUUUGUAAUAUAGAAUAAAGUUUAUUAAAAAAUUGUGAAAUGUA